AGUCAGAUUUACCUUAAUUUUCGGAUCCUAUUUGAGUUGUUAUUGAAAAACUAAUGAUUAAAAUUCCAUAUUGGCACCCACGAAACAUCAUAGUUGCCACCUUCUAAUAGUUGGCACAUUUCAAAAGCAAAAAGAAGAAAAAAACAAAAGUUUCUGGGUGUUUGGAAUUGUGUAGAAUUCUAGAGAGAGAGAGAGUGAGGGAGAGGGUGAAGGUAUCAAUAGUUAUCAAAGAUGAAAAGGUUACCAAAUAUUGAUGAUAAAUUGCAAAAGAUUUUGGAUGCAAAAAUGGAUGAAGUUGAUGCUAGAAGAAAAGCUCGUGAGGCUAUUAAGGAUAUUCAACUUGGUAUCGACCAUAUAUUGUUUAAGACUCCUAUUGAUGGACUAGAAAUAAAAGAGUCUUAUGAGGUGAACUCAAGAGAGAUAGAGAUCUUUGGUAAAAGUUGGCUUCCAAAAGCAUCAAAGCCAAAAGCAGCAGUGUUUUUUUGUCAUGGAUAUGGAGACACUUGCACUUUUUUCUUUGAAGGAAUAGCUAGAAAGCUUGCAUUAUCUGGAUAUGGUGUUUUUGCGAUGGAUUAUCCUGGAUUUGGUCUUUCAGAAGGUCUUCAUGGUUAUAUUCAAAGUUUUGAUAAGCUUGUUGAUGAUGUCAUUGAACAUUUCUCCAAAAUUAAAGAAAAUCUAGAGUUUAAUUCUCUUCCAAGCUUUCUUUUUGGAGAGUCUAUGGGUGGAGCUGUUUCAUUAAAGAUUCAUUUUAAACAACCUAAAGCAUGGAAUGGUGCCAUUCUUUGUGCACCAAUGUGUAAAAUUUCAGAAAACAUGAUUCCACCAAAGUUGGUUUUUCGUAUGCUGAUUGCUAUGUCGAAUGUUCUUCCAAAGAGUAAGUUAGUUCCGACACAGGAUAUAGGAGAGGCGGCAUUCAAAGAUCCAAAAAAGAAGGAACAGACGGCGUAUAAUGUUAUUUCUUAUACGGAUAAACCACGCUUGCGGAGUGCUGUGGAACUUCUUAAAACUACCGAAGAAAUCGAACAAAAAUUGGAAGAAGUGACUAUACCAUUAUUAAUCCUUCAUGGGGAAGCUGACACAGUGACUGAUCCAUCAGUAAGCAAAGCAUUGUAUGAAAAAGCAAGUUCUUCAGACAAGAACCUUAAACUUUACAAAGAUGCUUAUCAUGCUCUAAUUGAGGGUGAGCCUGAUGAAACAAUAAUUCAAGUUCUUGAUGACAUCAUUUCUUGGCUUGAUGACCAUACCUUGAAACACAAUCAACCUUAAAUAGUGAUUAAAAUUUUCCUAUCAAAAGAAGAAUUAGAAGAAUAUUCAUCUUGUUUUUCACCCAAAGGAAAAAAAAUAAUUGCUUUUGGUUCUAUAUACAAAUAAUUGGUGAAUCAAAAUAUGUUGUUCUUUUAUUUUACAUUUUUUUUAAUUAAAAAUUCAAUUACUAGAUCAUAGACAUGUUUUAUAUGAAUAAUGUAACUUGAUUAUAUCUAUAGUGGGAACACAAAAUUGGGUUUAUUGAGAUUUAUCUUGGAA